UUUUGUCUAUGGUGGUGUUAAACUGUUAAUGGGGUUUGUUUUACUUUCUACUACACUUCAAUUAUUUUUUUCUUUUGUUAAGUUCUUUGUUGUCUAAUUCUUUUGGGUUUUCAAGCUUUUCUUUGGUUGUAUGAUCUUAGUUUAUUUGUUUUCAUGAAUGUAAUGGAAUCCAUUUGAUGGAAUUUGAUUCCAAGAAAUCAUUUUUCAUAUAUAUAAUCCGGGACGGGAGCGCUUGUGGGAGGAAGAGCGCUUAUACUAUUUGAGUUGUAGCUCAUUGGUUCUAAGAAAUCAUUUUGAUGAUAGAAUUCUUUGAUAGUGUUUAGUUUUCAAAUUUUAUUUCUUGGUAUUUUUUAGUCAGCCCAAAUUCAUGUUUUUAUUGGUAGGAAUUAGGAAAAGUAUUGAACUUUUAAGUUAACUGGUUAGGUGGAUGUUAUGUUGUUGGAGUUUCUGAAGCAUUACUGAUUUUAUGUGUCUUAUUAUCUAUAAUGUUAUGUUAGAAGCAUAUCUGGUUUCUUGAGACAUUAUGAGACUUAAGAACUGGAUAAAAUCGUGGGGACUUGACGUGCGAGGAAAAUUGGGGACGAUGAUGAAGUGUAUUCGUUCAGGGGAGCAGUUAAGAGUAGAUGACAUGGCUGCUUCGUCUGAGUCCUUGGCAACUCGGGACCAUUCAGCAAGUGGCUUUUCUUCUCGGCCAGUGAGUGGCUUUUCUUCUCGGCCUGGUGAGGUAGAUACAAAGAUUGAUAAUAGUAACAUUGAAGAGGCUGAGUCAACUCUUCGAGAAAGUGGUUACCUCAACUAUGAGGAAGCAAGGGCAUUAUUAGGAAGGCUUGAGUUUCAGAAAGGAAGUAUAGAAGCAGCACUUCAUGUAUUUGAAGGCAUUGAUGUGGCUGCUGUGACUUCCAAGAUGAAAGUUUCUCUUUCUAGAAAGUGCGAACAAAAUCGACGUCGUUCUCAAAGUGAUGCUGUCCCACUUAUGUCUAUGCAUGCUGUUAAUUUACUUCUUGAAGCUAUUUUUCUGAAAGCAAAAUCACUGCAGGGUCUUAGCAGGUUUGGAGAUGCUGCUCAAUCAUGCAAAGUCAUUUUGGAUACUGUCGAGUCUGCGUUGCCAGAUGGCCUACCUGAAAGUGUUUCUGCAGAUUGGAAGCUACAAGAAACUCUGAACAAAGCUGUUGAACUUCUUCCGGAGCUGUGGAAACUUGCUGGGGCUCCGCAAGAGGCUAUAUUGUCAUACCGACGGGCACUUCUCUAUAAUUGGAAUCUGGAAACAGAGAUCAAAGCCAAGAUUGAAAAAGAAUUUGCUAUAUUUCUUUUGUACAGUGGUACUGACGCAAGCCCUCCAAACCUUCGUUCCCAUAUGGACGGAUCAUUUGUGCCGAGAAAUAAUAUCGAGGAGGCUGUUCUUCUGUUACUCAUUCUAUUAAGAAAAUUUUCUAACGGAAAGAUCGAGUGGGACCCAACAAUCUUGGAUCAUCUGUCUUUUGCCUUGUCUGUUUCAGGUGAACUAAGGGCACUAGCUCAUCAGAUCGAAGAGUUGCUUCCAGGAAUCCUGGAUAGAAGAGAAAGAUAUUGCACUUUAGCGCUGUGUUACCACGGAGAGGGCGACGAUGCGGUGGCUUUGAAUCUUUUGAGGAACUUAUUCAGUAACAGAGAUAAUCCAGACUGCAUACUAGAAUUAUUACUGGGUUCGAAGAUUUGUGCAGAAAAAAUGAUUUUUAUCGAUGAAGGGAUGAGUUAUGCAUCCAAAGCUCUCUCUAAAUUGCACGGAAGAUGCGGCCAGAUGGUAAGUCUUGCAAAUUGGUUGUGGGGUCUUUUACUGUCGGCUCAGUCUAGAUCAGUCGCUUCUGAUUCCGAAAGGACUAGGAAGCAAUCCGAAGCACUCGAGGCACUUGAAACUGCUCAGAAAGUAAUGAUACAAAGAGAUCCAAAAAUCAUAUUCUAUCUCAGCUUAGAAAAUGCAGAGCAGAGGAAAUUGGAUAUUGCACUUUCAUAUGCAAAGCAUCUUUUGAAACUGGAGGCUGGAUCUAGUAUUAAAACUUACAUCCUUUUAGCUCGAAUAUUGUCGGCACAAAAACGGUUUAUUGAUGCAGAGACGGUAGUCAAUGCUGCUUUAGAUCAGACCGGGAAAUGGGACCAAGGAGAAUUGUUGCGAACCAAAGCUAAACUUCAGAUUGCACAAGGACAGUUGAAGAAUGCCAUACAAACCUAUACUCAUAUUCUUGCCGUACUCCAAGUUCGAAAUAAAACAUAUGCCAGUGGGAAGAGGCUUCUAAAGAGUAAGGGAAAUUAUGAUAGAAAACUUGAAAUGGAGACUUGGCAUGACUUGGCCAACGUGUACACAAGUUUGUCUCAGUGGCGGGACGCUGAGGUCUGUCUUUCGAAAUCCAAGGCUAUCGGUCCUUAUUCCGCAUCGAGAUGGCACACCGCAGGUUUACUCUAUGAAGCGAAGGGCUCGCACCAAGAAGCUCUGAAAGCAUUCAGUGCAGCUUUAGAUGUCGACCCCGCCCACGUUCCGAGCUUGAUCUCUACGGCCAGUAUCCUGAGACAUCUCGGUAGCCAAUCAAUACCAAUUAUCAGAAGCUUUCUCACUGACGCAAUUCGACUUGACAAAAUGAACCAUUCCGCAUGGUAUAAUCUUGGGCUGGUCUACAAGAUUGAUGCUGGUGCAUCGCCACUUGAAGCAGCCGAGUGCUUCGAGGCUGCAGCAAUUUUGGAAGAAUCUGCACCUCUUGAACCUUUCAGAUGAGUCUAAAAUGCACAUUUUGUCUCUGUAAACUCUGUAAUUCCGCAUAUAUAGAUGUAAAUUUUGCAAUCAAAAAGUCAUUCCACAGCUGCAAUUUUGUUGUAUGAUAGUAAACAGUGUGACAAAGAAUAGUAAAAAGAAUAAUAUUUUUUCAUUGUUAA